UGUGUGCUUUACGCCGGUAGGGAUGUUGUGGGUUUGUGUGUUUAAUUUUUUUUUUGGUAUUUGUUGCCCUUUGCUUCUGACUGUGAGUGUGUUUUUCCAUGUGGGACGGGGCGAGGUUGGAGUCUGCGGUUGUGUGUUGGGACCCCGUCCUGUGAGUCGUCUGAUCGCAGAGAUCAUUAUUCAAACGUUAUAGGGGGGGAUGACAUGCGUUGGCAGCCAAUGGAGUGAGGGGGGGGGGGGGUGCUCAUGUAUGUGGAGACAUGCGAGGGUGGCGCCUUAGCUCUGGUGACCACAUUGUUCUCCAUGUUGGUCAUGUACAGUCAAAUUAAACCAAUCUCUGUAUCGACAUGCACAACUAGUAUACACUGCCAAGAGAUCAGGGAUGUGUUUGUGUCGCAAGCACAGGUGCAUCCUCGUAACAAUUCUGUUGACUAGAGAAAAACUACUACUUGAACCGUGAACUUCUGUAGAAGCCUGUGAAGAAAAUAAGCAAAUGUACGAUGUAACCGUUAUAAAAUGUAACCAUGCCUAAACAGUGCUUUGCUUGGCUUGAUUAUUUUCUAUUGAUUUACACCAAUGCUUUUUUAACAUCGAAUUAUACGAAAUGACACUAAAUGGGGAGUGAAUAAAGUAUCAGCAAGUUGCAUUAAAUUCAAGGACAAAAUUCUCCAAAGGAAUUCAUCAGAGGUGUAAGCAACCACACCCAGAAUCCAAACUGAGCGCAACAUUCUGGCUCAGGGAAACCUCAAUAAGUUCACGGGUGCGCCUCCAUUUUGACCCCUUUUGAUUUAAAAGCAUAUCCUUCGAACCCCACCACACUCCAGCAGAAGAGGCUGACUUUUAUCAGGGGAUGUGGGCCAAACAAAGGCACAGAAGAGGGUGAUGUCACCACAGCUUGUCCCUCUCCGACACAAUGUCCCGUUCAGCUGUUGUUGGUGUCGUCGUGGCCCCCGGGGGACAAUCGCGCCACUGUCCCCCGUCCCCGCGGCGAGGCGGUGGGCGCCUACGUCUGCCUCUGUCCAUUCACGCGGACACAUGGGUGGUAUGUGGCCUUCCCCGGCCCACGUCGCGCUGUUCAACGAGAGCAUUAUGUGACCAACGGGGGCUGCAACCAUCCAGCCGUAGAAUCCCGCGCCGCUGCCCGCAGCCAGCCACUCGCCAUUCCAGAGACCGGGGGGGGGAAAGCAACAGAACUGCGAGCUCUGCAUGAGUGUGCGAUGCGCCGACGCGACGACUGAGCCCCAGACUCUGCCUCGACACCUGGGUCCAGACCGCCGAGACCAGCACCACCGCCACCACCUCCAGUACCAGCACCGUCAUAACCGGCUCCCCAAUGGGCAACACCAGCAUCACAGAGGGCAAGACGGCCCUCUCGCUGGGCAACACCACCAUCAAGAGGGGGAAGACCAAAAUCGCCAUGGGGAGCUCCUUCAUCGCACGGGGCCGGAAGACCACUUCCCUGGGGGCCUCGACCAUCACCAGCGGGAAGACCAAGAUCGCCCUGGGGGGCGCCUCGUUCAGCCGGGGGACCACCACCACGUCGUUCCGGAAAGCCUUCUUCCCGAAGCGAGCCUCCAAGACCCUCUAGAGCCGGGGGUUCCGAGGGACAGGGAGGGGAGGCCGGGAGUGGUUUUGACGACACAUAGACGACGGGGACAAACAGGACGACGCCAUCACGAGGGACAUACAGACGCUGCCGGGACCACUGCCGAGGGCUCACCACUGCGGACUUCUGAAACUGGAUUACGUUGUCAUUGGGAACCUUUGCUCUUUUAGAUCAUGCAGGAA